UCCAUACCACGUUUCGUUUCUCUCUCAUAGAUAGUUCACUCACUGCUCACUCUCUCACACAAAUGGCGGCUCACUCUCUCACAUACAUGGCGGAAUCAGGUGAUGGUCAGAACGCCGGCGGCUCCGGUAUAUUUCCCCCCUCGACUUUACACAUUCAAGGAUCCAAGGUGCACACUGCCAUGUCUUUCUACGCAUCAGUCUUUGAUGCCAUUGACCUUGGUCAAACUCAUGAUCCAAGGGGAGUGCUCGCAAGAAAAUUCACCUUGCUGAAUGGAGCCAAAUCCAUUUACAUAGUUGCAGUGGAAGAGGACGCUGAUUCUUCAUGCAUCACUUAUGGAACUACUGCUGCUGGAAGCCAAGUGCAUUUGGCUGGGAAUCCUCACGGGAUGAUGGUUGCUGCCACCGAUGGUAUCCGUGGCAUUGCUGAAAAGGCCGAACAAAAUGGUGGAAAGGUAAAGUUUGGGAAAGUUCUCAAGAGCGCCGAGGAAAAGGUGUACACUGUGUUGACCGAUCCAAUCGGUUUCCUUUGGUGUAUCAACCCUCAGUGAUACUAUUGGAUUGGUUAACAUUGUCGCUGUUAAGGUGAGGGAAUCAACAAAGAAAGAAAGCUUCAUGACAGUCACGACUCGAGUGUAGCAUAUACACUGCAAGGCUCAACGAAGCCAUCAACAUUUAGUCAAACUCUGACCUGCUGGAUGAAGGCAUGGUGAUCCUAAUGCCAUGCAUUGAAAAAAAUGAUUGCCCAUGAUACUUCCGGAAAUUGCGUUAACACAACAGCGUAGGGGAUUCAGCUCAAAUUGCGUUAACACAACAGGUAAGGGGAUUCAGCUCCUCCUUUUUUUGUCUUUUCCUUUCUCUUUUGUUAAUUGCUACUAUCUCCCAUUUUUUUUAGAUGCAUUGAAUAACUUAUAUUUGCCUAAACCAAAAAAAAAAAACAACUUAUAUUUCGUCUAUAAUAUAGAUUCAAUAUAUCACUUUUUUUUUUGUCAAGAAUGUUUAAGUUAUUUAAUAAGUCUAAAAAGUGAAUUGUUAUAUUUAUAAAAAGAAUCGGAGGGAGGAUUUGUUUUUUCUUCUUUUGUUGGUCAAAACUUUGUUUGGCCAAAUAUAUCUAGAGGUUUUUACUCUUUAAGUUUUGCGUUUGUAACCGAUAAAUCUUGAAGUUUUUUAGGUGACAAGUCCAUUAAUUUUCUAAUUUAUUGCACUGUUGCCCUUCAAGUUAUUCUGUUACAAAAACGUUAAAGUAACUUAGUGAAGUGGUAGUGAACGUCGCGUUUUGGCUUCCAAAUAAUAAGGCGCAAUGUUCAAUACUAUCUCACUAAGUUAACAGUUAUGUCAGCGUUUUUAUAACGAAGGUUAAAGAGUAACGGUACAAUAAAUUAAAAACUUAAAAGGACCUACUAUUUGUUACCUAAAACUCUAAAGCACCUAUCUAUUACAAACACAAAACUUAAAGAAUACCUCGAUAUAUUUUGCCUUAUUUUUUUUUCUAUUGAAAUGUCAAAUAUCAAGCUCCAUGGUAUCGGAUAUUGGCAAAAGCUUUAUGGUAUUUUCUGUGAAUGAAACAACCAACAAUUUUUCUGAUGAAAACACAGAUUUAUUUCUUUUCCAUUAUUAUUAUUAUUAUUAUUAUUAUUAUUAUUAUUAUUAUUAUUAGUAUUAUUAUUAUUAUUAUCAUUUCCCCUAUGCAUUUUGGGUCAUUUUCUGAUACUCUUUUUUGUUUUAUCUGGUCUCCAUUUCGAUUCUCAUUUGGAUCUGCACUCAUUUGGUGAUUCAUGUCUGAGGUAAUAUUUUUUCCUUAAACCACUAUAGAUCUCUUUGUAGAAAAUACGGUGGUUUUAAUUUAUUUCUAAUGAAUAUCAAGUAUAAGUAACAAUAGUUUUUUUUUUAUAAAACAAUGGUUUGCGUAGUUUUAAAAUAAAUAAAUUUGAUAAACAAUACUCCCUCUAUUUCUUUUUUUUUGAUAUAUACUCCCUCUAUUUCUAAUUAUAGGAUACUUUUAUAAAUAAAAUCUUGCCCUUAAAUAUAAAGACUGCUUAGAUGUAUAUAUUACUCCCUUUUCAAAUAUAUUCUUUAUUAGUUAAUUAAUAUCACCAAUUUGCAUUAAAAUAUUAAAAAUCAUCAAUAAAGAUAUUUAAUACGGAGUACAAAGAUAAUUUAAUAAUAGUUAUACACAUUUCAGACAAGUUUAUUACUCCAACAACUUUUCUUAAUACCUACAAUUUUUGGUAAAGGUUCUUAUAAAAAAGUUCGGCAGAAUACAAUUCAAGACAACAAUUUGUUUAAAUUUUUUUUGGAAUAGUUACACAUAUUUUUCUAUUUAUAGGUUCGUAAUGAUAAGGACACAAAACAAUCUUUUAAGAUAUUGUACUGCCUUGUAUGUUUUUUAUUGGACAAAAUAUUAUUUUGAAAAAUUUAAAUAACUUGUAUUUAGAAUAAUAAGUUGUUUUUCUGUGAUUUUGUGGGACAAUAAUUUCAAUGUUUGUCAAAAAAAUGUAAUUUCAAUGUUUGUCCAGUUUUUUCACCCCAAUUUAUCUAUUGUUAAGAAUACUCCCUCUAAUUCUAAUUAUAAAAAAACAUUUAUUUUUUGGAUACAUUUAAAAUUUGAUGUAUCUAGAUAAUAAUAUAGAUUAAAUACAUCAAAAUUUCGAUGUAUCUAAAACUAAAUAGGCUGCAACUAGAGUUGUUAUGUCAAAUCACAUACUACUAUUUUUUAGCAAAUAAAAGCACUCAAGUUAGACUUGAAAAGAAUAGAUCUACUGCCGAUAAUUCAGCUAGAAAGUUGACAUUAUAAUGACCCUAUAGAGAUGCGCAUAGUUGCUCAUGAUGGAUCAUCUCUAAUUUUUUUUUUAAACAAUGGAUCAUCUCUAAUUGCUCCUUAAUCAUACAAAUCUCUUUCUUUUUUUUUAUUUUGUACACAUCACCCCUUUUAAGAUAACUUUAAAUACAAUCGUCUA